AUGUCGAAGCGGAAGGCUGAUGAGAUUACGGAGCCUGUGACUUCCCCUCAAGCCAAACACGCCCGAUCCAAUGUCCCAGAAUGGAUGAUCCAUCAUGGAGAACUACGCCCUAUGCCGAUGGUCACCACUCCUCCCCCAGACAAGAAUGACAUGGAGCCAGUCGUGCCGGAACCUGAUGAAGAAAGUAACCUGAUCGAUCGCCUGGAAUCCACUCAAAUGGCGCUUAUCAGACAUCUGGACGAGAAGUGCAAACGCCUGCAGUUCAUUGCACCCCAAUGCGCGUCCACGAUGGAGUCUCGACUUGCCAAGGUCGUCGAUGCGAUGAGGAUGUUGAAUAAAGAAGUCGAAGCCGUGAAAGCUGCCGAGUACCAGAUCAAGAUCGAAUCCCAUCAACGAGCAUCGACAGGCCUCACAACCUGCCGGACCGGCAAUCCGACGUACUUUGCACCUCACCAAUAUGUGCCAAUACCUCAGACCUAA